AUGAGAUUCCUCUUUUGCUUGUGUUGGUAUGGACUUUACAGUGGUCUCGCAACAGCUAGGAGUCUGACGUACUACUUGUCAAACAAGUAUGAUUAUACGCAGUUCAAUCCGUUCUACGAUGGGCUGAGAGUUAACACUAUGACCAGUCUGGUCUUUCAGACCAGAGGCAACAACGACGCCCAUGUUCUCCUUCUGCACGACAAUAACAACUUCGAUAACAACGUGGUAGAGAUUGUGAUUGGUGGAUAUGUGAAUAGUAAAUCUGUCAUCAGAAACCAAAUGCAAGGGAACAAUUUGGCCGAAUACUUGGGCUAUAUACUCAUCGCCUACUCCUUCCAAUGGUUUUGGAUCUCUUGGAACGGCGGUUGUGUAAGGGUCGGCAAGGGCUCCAUUGUAGGCAACUCUCAGAUAAUGCAGUGGUGCGGACCAUACUACAGCAUUAACGGCAUCCGAUUCAGCUAUGGCUUUGACAGCGCAGGGGUAUUCGUCAUUCCUCUACCGAACAAGUCUUGUUCCGCUCCCCCGAGUAUCAGUAAUGGUAGCCCCAGCUACUCGGGCACUGACCACGGCAGCGCGGUAACCUACUACUGUAAUGUCGGGCACCAGAUUUUCAGAGGGUCUGAAACGCUCACGUGCUCUGACGGCACAUGGUUGGGUUCCACACCGUUAUGUUUUGAUAUCAACGAGUGCGCACCUGCCCCGUGUAAGAACGGCGCCACGUGUAGCAAUCUUCUGAACGCGUAUUCCUGCACAUGCGCACCUGGCUGGCAGGGAACGAACUGUGAACAGGAUAUUAACGAAUGCUCACCUGCUCCGUGUAAAAAUAGCGCUACGUGCAACAAUCUUCUGAACGCGUACUCGUGUACAUGCUCACCGGGCUGGCAGGGAACGAACUGUGACAAGGAAAUCAACGAAUGCGUAGCUGUCCCGUGUAAAAACGGCGCAACUUGCAACGACCUUCUUAACGCGUAUUCGUGUACAUGCGCACCGGGCUGGCAAGGAACGAUUUGUGACCAGGAUGUCAAUGACUGCGCACCUGCCCCGUGUAAGAACGGCGCCACAGGUAACAAUCUUCUGAACGCGUAUUCCUGCACAUGCGUACCGGGCUGGCAGGGAACGAACUGUGACCAGGAUAUCAACGAGUGCGCACCUGCCCCAUGUAAAAACAACGCCACGUGCAACGACCUUCUGAACGCGUACUCGUGUACAUGCGCACCAGGCUGGCAGGGAACCAACUGUGAACAAGUGUCCAGUGUUUCCAUAUUGAUCAAGGCUGACCACUCUACCCAAAAGCACGUCAAUCCUGGCGGAUCCAAUGUAGACAUUGUGGUAAUAGCCGUCGCUGUAGAGCUAACUUCUGCAAUACGGAUAUCAACGAGUGCGCACCCUCCCCCGUGUAAGAACGGCGCCACGUGUAGCAAUCUUCUGAACGCGUAUUCCUGCACAUGCGCACCUGGCUGGCAGGGAACGAACUGUGAACAAGAUAUUAACGAAUGCUCUACCGCUCCGUGUAAAAACAGCGCAACGUGCAACAAUCUUCUGAACGCGUACUCGUGUACAUGCUCACCGGGCUGGCAGGGAACGAACUGUGACCAGGAAAUCAACGAAUGCGUACCUGCUCCGUGUAAAAACGGCGCAACGUGCAACGACCUUCUGAACGCGUACUCGUGCACAUGCGAACCGGGCUGGCAAGGAACCAACUGUGACCAGAAUGUCAAUGAAUGCGCACCUGCCCCGUGUGAGAACGGAGCCACGUGUAGCAACCUCCACAACGCGUAUUCCUGCACGUGCGUUCUGGGCUGGCAGGGAACGAACUGUGACCAGGAUAUCAAUGAGUGCGCAACCUUCCCGUGUAAAAACAACGCCACGUGUAACAACCUUCUGAAUGCAUACUCGUGUACAUGCGCACCGGGCUGGCAGGGAACGAACUGUGACCAGGAUAUCAACGAGUGCGCACCUGCCCCGUGUAAUAACGGAGCCACGUGUAACAAUCUACUCAACUCGUAUUCCUGCACGUGCAUAACGGGAUGGCAGGGAACAAACUGUGACAACGAUAUCAAUGUGUGCGCUCCUGCCCCAUGUAAAAACAAUGCCACGUGCAUCGACCUUCUGAACGCGUACUCGUGUACAUGCGCACCUGCCUUGCAGGGAACGAACUGUGACCAGGAUAUCAACGAAUGCGCACCUGCCCCGUGUAAGAAUGGAGCCACGUGUAAAAAUCUCCACAACGCGUAUUCCUGCACGUGCGUACCGGGCUGGCAGGGAACGAACUGUGACCAGGAUAUCAACGAAUGCGCGACCGUCCCAUGUAAAAACAACGCCACGUGCAAUAACCUUCUGAACGCGUACUCGUGCACUUGCGCACCGGGCUGGCAGGGAACGAACUGUGACCAGGAUAUCAACGAGUGCACACAUGCCCCGUGUAAGAACGGAGCCACGUGCAACAAUCUUCUGAACGCGUACUCGUGCAAUUGGGCACCGGGCUGGCAGGGAACGAACUAUAUCAACGAGUGCGCACCUGCCCCGUGUAAGAACGGCGCCUCGUGUAACAAUCUACUCAACUCGUAUUCCUGCACGUGCUUAACGGGAUGGCAGGGAACAAACUGUGACAGCGAUAUUAACGAGUGCGCACCUGCCCCAUGUAAAAACAACGCCAGGUGCAUCGACCUUCUGGACGCGUACUCGUGUACAUGCGCACCGGGCUGGCAGGGAACGAUUUGUGACCAGGAUAUCAACGAAUGCGCACCUGCCCCGUGUAAGAACGGAGCCUCGUGUAACAAUCUCCUCAAUGCGUAUUCCUGCACGUGCGUACCGGGAUGGAAGGGGACGAACUGUGACCAGGAUAUCAACGAGUGCGCACCUGUCCCAUGUAAAAACAACGCCACGUGCAUCAACCUUCUGAACGCGUACACGUGCACUUGCGCACCGGGCUGGCAGGGAACGAACUGUGACCAGGAUAUAGACGAAUGUGCACCUUCCCCUUGUAAAAACUACGCCACGUGCAACGACCUUCUGAACGCGUAUUCGUGUACAUGCGCACCUGGCUGGCAGGGAACCAACUGUGAACAUGACAUUGACGAAUGCCAGCCGGGUCCCUGUAAGAACGGUGCCAAGUGCAGCGACCUUCUGAAUGCGUACAGGUGCACGUGCCAAUCAGGCUGGCAGGGAACAUAUUGUGACCAGGAAGUAAGCUCUUCAGCGACGGCUAUUACCACACUGUCUACAUCGGAUCCGCCAGGAUUGACGUGCUGGGAAGAGUGGUCAGCCUUGAUCAAUAUGGAAACACUGGACACUGGUAAUGGAGACAGACAGUCAUACUCAUCUUUAAAUUGUCUUUGUCCAAGUUACUGUUCCCGGGAAGUUGUGGCUGAAGAUUGGUUCCCGCUUGUGGAUGCGUACCUGUCGACGUGUGGAAAAUUACGUCUGAAGUGGGAAAACUCUCCGCAUGCGAAACAUGGCCCAGCCAGGACAACUACACUGUUGCCGCCGCCACAGCAAUGUUACGAUGAGUGGUCGGCCUGGAUCAAUACGGACACACCGGUCACUGGUGAUGGCGACAGAGAGUCACCGAGCGAUCAAGAAAAACGUUCAUUAUGUAGUAAUUACUGGCCUCCUCGUUGGAUAACUGCUGUGGAAUGCCAGACUGUGAAUGGGACCGCCUUCAACAAUACCGGUGAAAAAGUUCAAUGUUCCAUCCAGAAUGGUUCCGUGUGUUUGAAGGUUGACAACAACCAGAAUCCCCACAGCCAGAACAUCUACAGGGGUUCCGCCGCCGGAUCCGAGAAAAACUCCAACAGUCACAGCCAGAACAUCUACAGCGUCUCCGCCGCUGGGAAGAGGAACUCCAGCAGUCACAGCCAGAACAUCUACAGCGUCUCCGCCGCUGGGAAGAGGAACUCCAGCAGUCACAGAUACAGACACGAUUUAACCUGUGGUGUUCAAUACUUCAGUCUUGGAGUAAUCAAGAACAAGAUGCAUUCUGUCCAACUGGAACCAUCACCGCUGUUGACUGCCAGACUGUAG